AUGUCAGCUGAGAACCAAAGUACAGUAAUAGAAUUUAUUCUUCUCGGAUUUUCAGACAAUCCCAACAUACAACCUUGGCUGUUCCAGGUAUUCUUACUUGUCUACGUGAUCACACUGGCCAUUAACAUUCUCCUUAUAGUGGCCGUCAGAACAGACAAUCAUUUACACAAUCCUAUGUAUCUAUUUCUUACUAAUCUGUCCUUUUUAGACAUCUGUUAUACUUCAAUCAUUGUACCCAAGAUGCUACUUAAUAUUGUGUUGUCAGCAAAAACUAUUUCAUAUACUGGUUGUGUUCUCCAAAUUUACUUCUAUCUUUUUAUGGGUGAGACAGAGUGCAUACUAUUGGCUUUCAUGGCCUUUGACCGAUAUGUAGCUAUCUGCAAUCCCCUGCGUUACAAUGUUAUUAUGAAUACAGUCUCCUGUACCAGGUUGAUUGGCUUGUCUUGGAUGGCUGGUGGUAGCAUAGCCUCCUUUGAUAUAUAUUUAGUAUGCCAAUUAAAGUUUUGUGGACAUAUCACCAUCAACCACUUCUUUUGUGAAGCUCCAUCCUUACUUCAGCUAUCUUGUGGGGAUAAAUUUGUGGACAACACCAUAACUUUGGUUGGUGGCUCCAUAUUGCUUCUAAUUCCCUUGUGCCUCAUCCUCUUUUCAUAUAUACAAAUUUUCCUAAUCAUUCUCAAACUCCCUUCUGGGCAAUACAAAGCCUUCUCUACAUGCACAUCCCAUCUAAUUGUGGUGACCAUCUACUAUGGAACAUCCAUAUUCAUGUACAUGAGACCAAGGAAUUCAGAUACUGGAGUGACAGACAAGAUAGUAGUGACAGACAAGAUGGUGUCGGUGUUCUAUACAAUUGUUACACCAAUGUUAAACCCUUUAUUCUACAGCCUAAGAAAUAAAGAUGUUAAAAAGGCGAUUGGACAGUUGGGAAGGUGUACAAUUGUGCUAAGGUGA